AUGACGAAACAACUCGCUCCUGGCGCCCGACUGGAGGGCAAGGUUGCUAUUGUUACUGGAGCCGGAUCCGGUUUCGGCGCCGCCAUCGCGCAGCGCUUCGCCUCUGAAGGCGCCAAGGUCAUCGUUGCGGAUAUCAGUUCCGAGGGGGGCCAGAAGACAGCUGCCGCGGAUCCGGAAAAUAUCGUGUUCGAGCAGAUGGACGUGACCAAGGCAGCAGAUUGGAAACGCAUUGUGGAGAAGGCGGUGUCGUUGUUCGGAAAAUUGGAUGUGUUGGUGAAUAAUGCGGGCACGACGUAUCGGAAUAAGCCGACGUUGGAGGUCACCGAGGACGAGUGGGAGCGGGUGUUCAAUGUGAAUGUCAAGGGAGUUUAUCUGGGCAGUCAGGCAUUCGUGGCUCGGGUGAUUGAGCAGGGCCAGGGCGGUUCGAUAAUUAAUAUCUCGUCGACGGGGGCGUCGAGACCUCGGCCCGGGUUGGUGUGGUAUAAUGCGUCCAAGGGGGCGGUUUCUAAUGCUACCAAGGGUCUGGCGGCUGAGUAUGGGCCGCAUAAUAUCCGCGUCAACUCGGUUGCUCCUCUUCUAUCGGCUACGCCGUUGUUCUCUGUGUUCACGGGCAUGGAGAAUACGCCGGAGAACUGGGAGAAGUUCAUCGGAAAUGUGCCGUUGGGUCGUCUCACGGAGGGGGAUGAUGUCGCAAACAUUUGCCUGUAUCUGGCCAGUGAUGAGGGGCGUUUUAUCAAUGGAACGGAGAUGGUCAUUGAUGGUGGGAAGUGUAUCUGA